UAGGAUUUCAACAUCGCAAUCGGUCCCCUGAAAUCGUCCGGGUCGUCACAGCUGUCUUGUCUGCUUUCGUUGUUCUGGAUUGCUUUUUCCGGCUAAAACUUCGCCUGCCGCGCUGGGAAACACCACCCGUUUGCUUUAACGACAGCUACCUCCAGCGAAACGCAGAUCUUUCAAAUCUGAGGUCAUCGCUAGAGGUAGUCACGGCCUACUGUGAAAAAGGAAUUCGAUUGUUGACUAUAUCCUGUUGUGGGAUUUCAUACCGAGCCUUGAACGACUGGAAAGCCUGGAAACCCGCCACAGCGACCGCCCGAGAGUUGCUCGAUUCCAUUGCUCAAGCCACCCUUAACCACCGGAAUCCUUAAAUCCAACCACCGGCGCCACCGCCAGCACGCACAAACCAUGGCGUCGACGUCAGACAUGCACGGUUCCUCGCCUGUUCCAACCCUGCCACAUCCCCACGACAACGGUCGCUCGCACAUGUCCUCACUUUCCUCAUCCUCCUCCAUUUCUGACGUUGAAACCGAACGAAGAGGGCGAUCCGAACGUCCUCGCAUGGCUAGUCGAAAACCGAGUGCCUCCAUUCUUGUUCCCCGAGACCAUCCCGAAAUCGAAAUCGAAGAAGAAGAAUUUCCCCCCGACGACGCGCGCGCUAUGAGUCCACGCCGGAACUCCGCUGAUCUGGAGCGACUGGGCAAGGAAGCUAGGCAAACAUUACAGGAGCAAGCCAGAGCCCUCCAGUCCUCACUCCAAGCACUCGCAGAACGCAUCGAAGCUGUGAAAUCCGAUCAUGACAAACUGGAGAGCGAAAACAAGUUUCUUCAAGAUUACAUCGGCGGAUUGACCCGGAACAUGACGAAGACGGAAAUGGGACGGACGAGCACGAAAGUCAGAAAGGCGCAGAAAUAACCAC